AUGAAUACCUUAAAGUUCAAUAAUUUAAUCAACCAAUUGAAAACGAUAAGUAGUUUAAACUUAAGAAGAAAAAUGACCACUAAAAUAAAUCCAACAAUGAACAAUGAACACAAUAUUGUAUGGUUUGAUGGUGAGAUGACUGGAUUAGACUGUAAUCACCACACCUUGAUCGAAGCAGCUAUUAUUAUAACCGAUAAAAAUUUAAAAGUCUUAGCUGAGAGUCCAAAUAUUAUUAUACAUCAAUCAGAUGAAGUAUUAGAAAACAUGGAAGAUUGGUCCAAAGAGCAUCAUGGAAUCAGUGGCUUGACUGAAAGUGUUAAAAAGAGUAAUGUAUCAAUUGAACAAGCUGAUCAAAUGUUAUACGAGUUUAUCAAGCCAUUUGCUCCUAAAGGUGUUUGUCCGUUAGCUGGUAAUUCUAUUUACAUGGAUAGAACUUUUAUUAGAAAAUAUAUGCCAAAACUUGAAAGUCAUUUAAGUUAUAGAUUAAUAGACGUGUCUACUCUAAAAGAGUUGUUUAAACGUUGGAAACCCGAAUUGGCUAAUGAAGCUCCAACCAAAUCAUGUAAGCACAGAGCUCUUGAUGAUAUUAAAGAAAGUGUUAAAGAACUCCAAUUUUACAAAAGCUGCUUAAAGUUAUAA